AGGACAGUUGAAGGUCGUGUAAGCAUUUCGACUGUUUGACGAUGAACUGUGGUGAAGUAAUGAAUGGUGAUGCUCCAAGAAGAAAGGUGGCACUAAUAACCGGUAUAACUGGUCAAGUUAGUUCAAUUCCUUGUGUUUGUAUCUCCUAGGAUGGAUCCUAUUUGGCCGAGUUUUUGCUGUCGAAGAAUUACAUUGUUCACGGCAUCAUAAGAAGAUCAAGCUCAUUCAACACGGGUCGAGUAAACCACAUCUAUGAGAGGAACAAAGCUUUACAGGACAAAACGUUUUUUCUACAUUAUGGUGAUAUGACCGAUAGUUCUUCACUAAUCAAAGUCAUUAGUAAAGUUAUGCCAGACGAAAUAUACAAUUUGGCUGCUCAGUCACAUGUGAAGGUAUCAUUCGACCUUAGUGAAUAUACUGGUGAAGUGGUUGCCAUUGGUACUCUACGUAUGUUAGAUGCUAUCCGGACUUGCAAAUUGGAGAAAAAGGUUAAAUUUUACCAGGCUUCAAGUAGCGAGCUGUAUGGGAAAGUCGCUGAAGUUCCGCAGAGUGAGAAAACACCAUUCCAUCCUAGGUCACCAUACAGCGUCGCUAAAUUGUAUGCUUAUUGGAUUGUUGUGAAUUAUCGGGAGUCAUAUGGAAUGUUUGCCUGCAACGGAAUUCUCUUCAAUCAUGAAAGUCCUCGGAGAGGUGAAACUUUUGUUACUAGAAAAAUUUCACGAGCAGUUGUGCGAAUUAAAAAGGGUUUACAAGACGUUUUAGAACUAGGUAAUUUGAAUGCUGAACGUGACUGGGGCUUUGCUGGUGAUUACGUUAAGGCUAUGUGGCUUAUGCUUCAGCAUGAUACUCCAGAGGAUUUCGUUAUUGCAUCUGGUGAAAAACAUUCUGUUCGCGAAUUUACCAGUUUAGCUUUCGAACAUGUUGGAAUCCAUAUAGUUUGGAAGGGUACUGGUAUUGAUGAAGUUGGUAUUGAUUCAGCUACAGGGAAGGUUCUUGUUCGUGUUAAUGAACGGUACUUCCGUCCAGCAGAAGUAGAUGAAUUAUUGGGUGAUUGUACACGUGCUAAAGAAGUAUUGAAAUGGGAGCCUACUUGUGGUUUCAAAGACCUUGUUAAACUUAUGGUAGAUGAAGAUAUGAAACUAUUGGAAUCUGGUCUCACUCCUAUCUAACUUCAUAUUACAUAUAUAUAUAUAUAUAUAUAU